AUGUUUGCCAGUGAUUUUACUGUCGUAAUUUUAUCACUGUUUCCAUUGUUAACAUUCGGUACAACUAAAAUGACGUUGAAGUCCUGUUCCGAAUUGCUCAUGGGACAGUAUUGGUGUGAAGAGCCUGUAAUCUCACCGAUCACGCAGCUUCCUGAAACCUGUGAGAAGGAUAACUCUAUUACAGUUGUUUGUGAAGUGGCAAAUGAAAUUAAUUGUAUAGGAUUGGACAACGGCACGAGGAAGUUUCUGAAACGUGUACCAAAUGGCUGUGCCUAUUCAGCUGGUGUUGAUUAUAGUAUUGCACUAUUGUUAUCAGUAUUUCUCGGCUGGUUAGGCAUUGAUCGAAUUUAUCUUGGAUAUUAUGCUAUAGGAUUUCUCAAGAUGUUUUCAUUUGGUUGCUUCACAUUAUUAUAUCUUGUGGAUAUCGUAUUAAUUGCGUUGCAGUUGCUAGGACCAGCAGAUGGUUCCGCUUACCGCAUGAAUUUCUAUGGGCCAAAAGCGAUACCAGUACGAUUCUCGAACGAUACUUAUGUUUCGCUGUAUACUUGUUUCGAUUGUUCACUGUAG